AUGACGAAGCAUAAUUCUUGGAAAACCUUCGUUAUCUAUUCCUCACAUAGUGAUGCAAAUUUCAAACGAAAACUCAGGCCCGCUGCUAAGUGGUGGGACCCACAAAGGCAACCGGUGACUUUCGUUUUGCCCAUAAAAGGACCAAACUCUUGA